GAUCAUUGAUCUUAUGGAUCAAACUCUAGCUGAGUUAAAUGGAUCUGCUGUGAUAGAUUAUCAUGGCAGAGCUAUUGAGAUAGUUUGUAGAAGAAAUCGUGGAAGUCAUGCAUUUUCAAUAUUUCAAGGUGCAAGUCCUCUUGAUUUUUCAUUCACAAUUCUUCUCUUGGAAAUGUCUCUAGUCCUUAUUUUAAGCCAAAUUAUGCGGUUCCUCUUAAAGCCUCUAAAACAACCUAGAGUUGUCUGCGAUGUCCUUGCUGGCAUAAUUCUUGGACCAUCAGUCCUAGGUCACAACGAGACAUUUGCGAAGAAUGUCAUCCCAGAGAAUUCAAGAUUUGUGAUACAAAACAUUGGAAUCAUAGGGUUCAUGUUUUUCCUAUUUGUCACAGGAGUGAAAAUGGACCUAACCGUGGUCACAAAGGCAGCCAAAAGAAAUUGGGUGAUCGCGUUAGCUGGUGUGAUUAUUCCCCUUAUUGUCGUAUGGUUAUUAGCAAUAUGUGUCCGGGACUACAUGGACGCCGAACUCCGAAAAUUUUCUUCUAUAGGUGGUAUUGUUACAGGCAUAACUAUAACAACUUUCCCUGUUAUUUACUCAGUUUUAAGAGAUAUGCAUCUUCUAAGCUCAGAAAUUGGACGUCUUGCACUAACAACAGUUAUUAUAAGUGACUUUAUUGGAAUAAGUGUUAUUGUUGCAUUUGAAGCAGUUAAACAAGGAGAAGAAAAAAAAUUGAAUGCAUUGUAUUAUAUAAUUACAGUAUUUAUUGUUAGUGGUAUGGUAAUUGGUGGUAUACCAUUAGUAAUGCAAUGGAUAAAUAGACGUACACCUGAAGGUAAACCUGUGGAACAAAAAUAUAUAACUGCAACUUUAUUAGGAGUUUUUGUGAUUGGUUUUGUUACUGAUUUUAUUGGGGUUGCAAUUGGUAAUGGGCCACUUUGGCUUGGGUUAGCUAUACCUGAUGGUCCACCAAUUGGUGCAACAAUUGUUCAAAAGAGUGAAAGUCUUAUGCAUAACAUACUUAUGCCAUUUUCAUAUGCUACAAUAGGGCUUAAAACGGAUGUGUUUGCAAUGAGUGAAUGUUGGUCUUGUUUAUCACCUCUAUUUGCUAUGGUUGUUAUGGUGUUUGUUGCCAAGCUUGUUACGGUGGUUAUGGCGGCGCGAUUUACGGAUAUGCAGUAUAGAGAUUCCAUUGCUUUGGGGUUCAUGCUUAGCCUUAGAGGUCAAACGGAGUUUUUUCUAAUGCUUCAUUGGAUGGAUUUUAAGAUCUUAACGACACCAUCUUUCUCUUUGUUGGUUUGUUUAACAGUCACAAUAACAGGCAUAUCUAGCCCUAUAAUCAACCUCCUAUAUGAUCCAACAAAACCAUACAUGAUCAACAAGAAAAGAACCAUACAACACACCGUGCAAGAAUCCGAACUUCGAAUUCUUGCAUGCAUUUACGACGAAGAAAGCGUUGCAAGUCUUUUUAGCCUCUUAGACGUCUCAAAUCCAACUUCAAGCAACCCAUUUUCAGUAUUCGCCCUUUAUCUUGUCGAACUCGUGGGUCGAGCUGCGCCAGUAUUCAUCGACCACACGAGUCAAGUAGACGAGUAUUGGGACAACAACAAUGAGGCCAUACAUAAUGCCAUCAAACUCUACGAAGAAAUUCGUACAGAUUGCAUUACUAUGAACUUUUAUACUAGUGUUACCCCUCAAAGGACUAUGUACCAAGACAUUUGUGAGAUUGCAUUGUUGCACAAGGUAGGGUUUAUAAUUUUACCUUUCCACAAGAAAUGUAUUGAAGAUGGGAAUGAUUUUUCUACUGCUAUACUUAGACCGGGUGUACAAUCAGCUAAUGCUAACACGUUAUCUCAUGCACCAUGCUCGGUUGGAAUCUUAGCAUGCAAAAAUGCUGCUGCAUGGGGGACUCUACCUACACGUAUGAGCCACCGCAUGCACCGUCAAUUCGCCAUGCUAUUCCUUGGUGGCCCGGAUGCCCGUGAGGCCUUGUCGUUGGCCGACCGCAUGGUCGGCCACCCCGACGUGUCGUUGAUCGUGGUUCGAUUCUUGGCAAGGGAGUAUAGAGGUGAUAAUGAGUCGGAGCGGAAGUUAGAUGAUGGGGUAGUCACUUGGUUUUGGAUGAAAAAUGAGAGGAAUGAUAAAGUGGUGUAUAAGGAAGUUGUAGUAAGUAAUGGUUUUGAAACAGUUUCGGCUAUACAAUCCUUAAAUGAUAGUGUACCAAUUGAUCUUUGGAUUACAGGGAGGAAAAAUGGAAUUAAUCCAACUUUAUUGGAAGGAUUAUCAGAAUGGAGUGAUAAUCCUGAAUUAGGAUUAAUAGGUGAUUUUUUGGUGUCAGUGGAUUUUAAUACAUCAGGAUCUGUAUUGGUAGUGCAACAACAAAUGUUAAGAGAUCAAAGGGCUAGUCCUUGGGCUUGUUACUAGAUUAGAUUUUGUAUUAGAUUUAUUCUUCUUAAUUAUUGAAAUUAAACAUGUUAGCUUUAUUUUUAACUCAUUUUAGGUUUUAUUUUUACUUAUUUUAGGUUUUAUUUUAACUCUUUCUUUUCUUGUUAUAAUUAUUCUUAGUUUUUUUUUUCCUUUUAGCCCUUUUAAAAAAAAAUACCCCCUCCCUAGAAGCUUCUUAAUUGAAGCUCUUGUAUGUGUACAUAAUGUUGGAUAAAGUUUUGUAUGAUCGAUGUGUUGUCUUUAAAUUUAUAAUAAAAAUAGUCUGAAACUCAAUUUUUAAUCAGUUGAAUUUGUUUUCAUUAGAUAAUAUAUAAUUUUGGUAUUUAAAAUGAGUUUUGAUCAGAUUAAUCAAUUCAAAUUUGUUUAGUUCAACGUACAUCAGUUGAAAAGAAUAGGCUCAGAAUUAUAGACGUUUUAUUAAUAAUAUUUAGAAUAAAGUGCAUUCAAAAUCAUUUCAUCAAACUAUUAA